CCAGUCUUCGAGAGAUGCUUCAAGGGUUUUAGCUUGUUUACCUUGUGUCUCUGAAUCAACCACGUGUUGAACACGUAACACUCUCCGAGUAACUCUUAGCCCGAAACAACGAUACCACAGAAGAUUAAAAUUACCUUUCAUCAACACUAAAUCGCAGAGAGAUGGGUCUUGGGGAGUGCCUGAAGUCCCAGGUCCUGUGCCACGUGCUCAUUGGCUACGUGUUCCUGGCCAGUGGGCUGCUCGUCAACCUGCUACAGCUGUGCACCCUGCCCGUGUGGUGGCUCAACAAGUCGCUGGCCCGCCGCAUCAACUGCAGGCUGGGCUACUGCAUCAGCAGCCAAGCAGUGGCUCUCAUGGACUGGUGGUCCGGGACUGAGUGCACACUGUACACAGACCCCAAGAUGUACACUUUGUUCGGAAACGAGAACGGCAUAGUGGUCCUCAACCACAGCUUUGAGAUAGACUUCCUGUGUAGCUGGAGCUUCUGUGAGAGAUUCGGUGUUCUGGGGAGUUCAAAAGCUGUCGCUAAGAAAGAGUUGGCGUACGUGCCGGUGAUUGGUUGGAUGUGGUACUUCACGGAGUUCGUGUUCUGCACGAGGAAGUGGGAAGAGGACCGCAUCACAGUCCCCCAAAGCCUGCAGAAACUGCGGGAUUACCCAGAAAACUUUUUGCUCUUGCUCUAUUGUGAGGGAACGCGCUUCACAGCACAGAAGCACCAGAUCAGCAUGGAGGUGGCAGAGAAAAAGGGCCUGCCCAAACUCAAGCAUCACCUGCUGCCAAGAACCAAAGGUUUCUGGCUGACGGUUCAAAACCUCAGGGGCUCAGUGGCGGCCGUGUACGACCUUACGUUGAACUUCCCGAACAACGAGACACCCUCUCUGUUAGGAAUUCUCAGAGGGAAGAAAUAUCACCCUGCUCUAUACGCCAGGAGAAUCCCCCUAGAGUCCAUCCCAGAGGGAGAGGCUGAGUGUGCAGCAUGGCUCCACAAGCACUACCAAGAGAAGGACGGCUUCCAGGAGCAGUACAUCCAGACGGGGCGCUACCCAGGUCCCAUCGUGAGCGCCCCAAGGCGUCUCGGGCCUUUGAUCAACUGGCUGUGCUGGUCGGCCCUGGUGCUUAUCCCCCUCGGAGCUUUCCUGGUUUCCCUGCUGAGCUCCAGCCCAACCCUCACCAUCCUGGCCUCGCUGGCCUUCUGCUAUGGAGCCUCGCUGCUAUUCCGAUGGAUGAUUGGCCAGACGGAGAUCAGCACAAGCUCAGGUUACGGCAAUAAAGUGAACAACAGCUGAAGAACAACG